UCUUUUUCUAUCUUCUGACCACAUCCCUCAGUCUUUCAAAUGGGGGCAGCUAUUUGUCAAGAUGGGGAGCUGGAUUUUCGGCUGAUUUUUGGCGAGGAAGACUCAGACGCUGCAUCACCCAGAAGCACUAUGCACGCAGCUGAUCUGGAAUCUGAUGACCCUUCCUUAUGUAAUGAUGUGACCACAGACACAUUGACUCUGAAUCCACCUUCUAGCAGUACCGCUGGAGGAGCAGGUGGUGGAGUGGGUUGUAUGACAAGAGCAGGCAUGCAUUCACCACCUCCAAGACGUGCCUCAGAUAAUGACCUAAAUGGGACAUUUAUCAGCCAACCAUGCCGGUUUAUUCCUCUUGGUGGAUCACGUUUCCUUGAAUGUCCAAGUAUACGUAUUACAAGUGAUUCACCUUCAAACAGUGAUGGAGAACAAGAAGAGUCAAGUAGGAAUGAUAUUUGGGAUGAGAAACCUCACCGUGAUCAGUUGUUUCUCCCACCAGAUCCAUUUGGUUAUCGGGACUCUUUUCUAAGCCCUAGUCCAGCAAGCAGCCAUUCUUCAUGGAGUUUUCUUUCCUCUGAGGCUUCUUCUUGUGACUCUCUCGGACAAAUGUGUGAAGAAGUAGAAAGAGAGCUCAAUGAAGCAGCCUCACGAUUUACACUUGCUUCUCCACUAGGCUCCCCAAGAGGGUCACCAAAACCUUGGGGUGGUCACAAUGAUGAAUUUUGGACAACUGUUCCCAUUUCAGGUGCUCCUCCUUCACCCCGGGAAGAAUUACUAUCACCCUACCAUUCAGGCCAGGUUUCAAGACCUACAUCUCCUUGUGGUAAAAGGAGGUAUUCAAACUCAAAUGAUGAAGGUGUUCGUCAAACCAGCUCCCCUUCCCCAUCGCAUUCACGCCGAGGAAGCCUAGGGGAUGAGAACCUCUCCGCAGAAACAGAAGCUUCCCCCAAGCCCACUGAUCAGAGCCAACAGGCAAUGUCAACCUCUCUGGAGAGAGGCGAUAACAUUCCACAGAAGGCCAGAAGAACCUCAGCAGAGCAGACGGUGGCCCCUGUUAGGCCUGAGGAGUCCACGAGUCCUGGAAAAACCUUUUCUUCAGGUUCAUCUGUAGGUGUAAAUGAUGAGAGUACUGGAAUGUUCCCUCAAAACAGAAAAGAUAAUGUGGGGAUGGAUUAUCUAGCUGUUCCGUCAGCAUUGGCCUGGUCCAAAGCAAGAGUUGGAGGACAGAGUCCAAUAUUCAGGUCAUCCUCUCUACCACCUCUGGACUGGCCACUGCCCAGUCAGUUUGAAGGUUUAGAACUAAGAAUAGAAGUGCAACCAAGAACCCAUCACCGAGCCCAUUAUGAAACAGAAGGGAGCAGGGGGGCAGUGAAAGCUUCACCUGGGGGACACCCAAUUGUCAAGCUUAUAGGAUAUAAUGAGAAGCCACUGACCCUCCAGAUGUUUAUUGGAACAGCGGAUGAGCGUAACCUGAGAUCUCACGCCUUUUACCAAGUUCAUCGCAUAACAGGAAAAAUGGUGGCUACACCCAGCUAUGAAGCUCUUGUAGGAAGCACCAAAGUUCUGGAGAUGUCCCUUUUGCCUGAAAACAACAUGUGUGCCAAUAUAGACUGCGCCGGAAUUCUAAAGCUCCGAAAUUCAGACAUUGAGCUCCGGAAGGGUGAGACAGACAUUGGCCGAAAGAACACGCGUGUUCGACUUGUGUUUCGUGUGCAUAUUCCACAGGGUGGUGGGAAAGGAGUUUCUCUACAAGUGGCGUCUGUACCUAUAGAGUGCUCUCAGCGUUCAGCACAAGAGCUCCCUCAAGUGGAAAACUACACUCUCAGCGCAUGCUCAGUGAAUGGUCGGGAAGAGUUGCUCCUGUGUGGUUCCAACUUCCUUUCAGAUUCAAAAGUGAUCUUCCUAGAGAAAGGUCCAGAUGGAAAACUGCAAUGGGAAGAAGAAGCAAAAGUAAACAGAUUGAAAAGUAAUGAGUCUCUGCUGUCUGUGCAAGUCCCAGAGUACUGUAAUACGGAGAUAACACGCCCCCUACAGGUCUACUUCUAUAUUUCCAAUGGACGCAGGAAAAGGAGCCCUAUGCAAAGUUUUCGGUACCUACCAAUCAUUUUUAAAGAGGAGCCUCUUCCUGAGAUAGCUUUACAUAGGUUUCCCUCUGCCCCUCUUCCUCCUCCUUGUCACAUAUCUUUAGAUCCAACACAGAUGGACUUGUCUGCAAACUUUGUCCCUGCUCUACCACCAAACUUGCCUGAAACUCCCAUGGAUGUAUCUCCCUAUUAUACCUCUCCACACCAGGAAAAAAUGUUCCCAGGUACUUCAGAUUGCGGUGUAGGAAGUAGUUCCUUUUUGGGGUGCUACUUUAAUCCCCCAGUAGCUCCUGAGUUUAAAUGCCCCAUCCCAUACCAUGAGAGCAAUAGUGAUGUUUCACUAACUUUGCCAUUUCAAUCAAACACUAGCUCUCCUCUUCCUCCAAGUCCAGUUCCCUGGUCCCCUCAGCCCUGCUCUUCCCAAUCCUCAUGUUCAACUACAUUUAGUGGAUCUUUGCUUUCCCAUUUAAAUUCACCCAAUAAAAUGGAGGAGAGAAGUGCAGGUCCACAUCAGAAUUAUUCCUCUUCCCCUAUUUUAGCAAGUCUAGAUUUUGAAACAAAUGCACAUAAUUUUGUCCGUGAUUAUCAGCCAUAUCCAGACUGUGCUCCUCCCACAUACACAACAUUAGGUGAAAGUAGGUCCCUAGAGACAAUGCAGGUUAAACUUUCUACCACAUCUCCAGAAGUGGACAGAAGAGAGCCAUGUGCUACCAAUCAACAUUUUACUGGAAGCUCAAUCUCCAGUCAUCCUGGUAAUCCAACACAAACAUUAAACUCAAAAACAGAAGAUGGCUCUGUUAGUCAUUCUGAAUUUUCUAUGCAAGUUUCCAGUUUGGGUGUCCCCAAGGACAAUAAUGCGCCACAAGCAUAUUCUGCCUCUUACCAAAGCUUGACCAACUGCACCAGCCAACUCACGAACCUUUGCCCUUCUGCACAUCCUGUUCCCUUAUCUUCACCUUCUUCCCCACUCAUUCCUAGCGCUACAAUUCCUAGUCAAAAGGCAUCAUCAGAUGUUUCAUUGGGCAUGUCAUCAAAUCAGACUGAGAAAGAUACCUGUUACCAGAACCAUUCUGAAGAAUAUGCUAAAUCUUCCAGCAAUGAGGGAAGAGAUUUGGGAAAGGAAAGUCAAGGGUUUGAAAGCCCUUUCCACCCUAUUCCAAUCCAGGGGAUCACACUGGAAGAAGUAAGUGAAUUCAUAGGUCAAGACCUACAUCGUUUUCCAGAGCCGCGUCAGAAUUAAAACAUGGCAUCUAAUCAAAAAUAACAGCCGUCUCUAACCAUCCCAGAAAAAAAAGACACAUUUCAGCAGCAAAUGCAUCCAGAGCAAGCUUUGGAUAAUUGUGGAGCAGCAGAACAUCUACAUUUUUCAGAAGUAUAAACAAGCUACUGAUCGUAGAUGCCUACCAGCAGGACAUGUUACAUUUUCGGUCUUGUUUUCUUUUUUUAAUCUUUUACAUUUUCAGCUCUUCUGUAGCAUAAAGGAUUAUAUUUGUUCAUGUAUUUGGUAUGAUGUGACUGUCAAACAGUCUUUUGUAUAUAAUGAGGGUACCUGCAAUGAACCUCCACUUUCCAAUCCUUUCAAACUGUUUUAAAUAUGGCUCUGAAUUUACUUUCCAAUUUUUAUUUAUGACAUCAAAUUUGCCAACUAUAAAUGGCAGUAAUAACAGAUUUUAGAGCAUCUGACAGAUGUUUUAAGAUCUGAUUC